AUGCGUAGAGUCCACGUGCGCAAGUGGAGAAGAUCCGGGGUAAGAGUCAUCGACGCUUGUACUUCUCUCCUACACAUCACCAUGACUUCCCCCGCCGUUGCAGCUCAAUCGCUCACUCCUGCCGCAGUUCAAGCGGCGUAUGAUCUCAUCCAGCCCUAUGUGCACCGGACGCCACUACUGACCUGCAAAACCCUCGACGCCAUCGCCUCAACGCCGCAAACCCCGGAGGCGCUUGUCGGAACACCAUUUGAAGGCCAGUCCCCCGCUCAUCCACACUUCCGGUUCUUCUUUAAAUGUGAGAAUCUUCAGCGAAUUGGAGCCUUUAAAGCACGAGGCGCCUUCCAUGCACUGUUGCGCUUGUUGGAGGAGCGCGGGGACGAAGUGAAACAACGCGGGGUGAUCACACACAGCUCUGGAAACCACGCACAAGCUCUCGCCCUCGCAGCCUCGACCCUGGGCGUCCCUGCGUAUAUCGUGAUGCCGCGGAUCAGUACACCGAGCAAGAUCGCUGGCACCCAGUCCCAUGGCGCAGAAGUGAUAUUCAGCGGUUCGACAAGUGUAGAACGAGAAGCCGUGGUGGCAGAUAUCCAGGCAAAGACAAACGCCAUUCUAGUACCACCAUACGACCACGUCCAUAUCAUUUGCGGGCAGGGUACAACAGCUUUGGAGCUGGAGGCGCAACACACUGAACAAGUCGGGUCCCGAGCUUUAGAUGCAGUGAUCACACCCAUUGGUGGAGGCGGGCUGAACUCCGGUGUUGCGACAUGGUUCUCGGACAAGUCGACCCGCGUGUUCGGCGCAGAGCCCACCUUUGAAGGUGCAGAUGAUUGCCGCCGAGGAUUGGAGGCCGGGAAGCGUGUUGAGGCCGUCGGUACCUUGACCAUUGCGGAUGGAUUGCGCACCCCGGUUGGGCUUAUCAACUGGGAAGUCAUCUCCAAUAAGGAACGGGUCGAGGGAGUGUUUGCUGUCACCGAAGAGCAGAUCAAAGCAACAAUGCGGUUGGUUCUGGAGCGCAUGAAGGUUGUUGUUGAGCCGAGUGCAGUUGUUGGAUUGGCCGUCUGUCUAUUUGAUGAGAACUUCCGACGGAGGGUUGAACAGGAGGGUGGAAAGGAAGGGUGGGAUGUUGGAGUUGUGUUCAGCGGUGGAAACACCACCGUUGAGGCAAUUUCGAAGCUCUUUGGUUGA